AUGUCUCUGAAGAUGUGGAUCAUCUGUUUCAGGGGAGUAGUUCAAUUGUUCAAUGCAGUUGCUGAACGACAGCGGGUCCUCAUUGAAGAAAUGUCAAAGAAGAUGAGUGCUAAAGAACGUAGAGAAACCGAGAGGCGGUUACAAGGUUCAACUUUCAAAGUGUAUAAAGAUGACCAAGAUGGUGUCAAUAAGACAGAACCUCAAGACAGCGAUGAAGAGACCGCAGUUAAAAAAGAGAAUGAUUCAGAUUAA